AUGGAGGACAGAAGCAGCCGCGCCAGCGGCAGAGAGAGGUUAGGGCUGAGCUUCACGAUCGAUUACCUUCUGUUCAAUAAAGGAGUCAAAGGUUCCAAAGAAGAAGCGACAGGAAGUCGUACAGCAGAGCAGACAGCGAACAACAUGCUAAAUCAUCAGAUUCCUAAACCCGGAGAGGUGGGGAUUCGCUCUGAGAUACAGGAGAAGCGGCUACAAAGGUCAGAGACUGAAGAAAGGAAAGUCAAAGAAGAAGAGGAAGGGGAUGAAGAGCAACAAGAGAAAAGGGAGGGGGAAGUGACGACCACCACCUCGACUGAUAUCAGUCCAGAAAAGUCUGAGGACAAACCCAACCAGUCGUACAUCGCACUUAUAUCCAAGGCAAUCCUGGCGUCAGACCAGAAGAAACUGCUGCUCUGUGACAUCUACCAGUGGAUCAUGGACCACUACCCUUACUUCAAGACUAAGGAUAAAAACUGGAGGAACAGUGUGCGUCACAACUUGUCGCUGAACGAUUGCUUCAUCAAAGUCGGACGCAGUGACAACGGUAAAGGCCACUUCUGGGCGAUUCACCCCACAAACUACCAGAACUUUUCUAAGGGGGACUACCACUGCAGAAGGGCACGGCGGAGGGUGCGCAGGGUGGCGGGACAGCUUUCCUUUUCCUCCCUGAGCUUGCCCUACCACCCCGCCUUCACCCGGCCCCACAGGACGACCUGUUGGUGCUGCCCUCAAACCGAGACCCUCCCUCUGUCCUGCUUGGCCCCCAGACUCUACUGGCCGUGGUCCAGUCUGCAGCAACAGGUGGGCUUCAACCCGGGCCUGCAUGCCUUUGUACCCUGA